CCUUACAGGUGUGUAUUGUUAUAAACAGUGCUUUUUCUUUCAAAUAUCUAACAUGGUUCAUGGUACAGAGAAUACAGGAGGUGAAAAUAUCCACACUUUAAAUAAUAAUAAACCGGGAUCCAUACAGUUUUUCUUGAGUGGCUUACGAUGCACAUUGUAGGUUGAAACUUAAGAGGGCUUACAUAAAGUUUUUUUUUAAUAUAUCGAUAUCUGUCUCUACCCGCAAUCACUUUUAUACGAGGGCAGUUUAUAUCUGUGAGGUUGACAAACAAGUUCCAGGGAAGGUUGAAAAAAUUCUGAUUCUGGCAACGAGUAUGACAUGAAAACUUGCUGAGCCUGGAAGACAGUAAAGAUCAUCCCAUUGGAAUAGUACCAGUUUUUAAGAGGAAACAACAUCCCGACUUAGGACCAAGACAGCAGAAAAGAAAUAAAUGGACCACGGGAGCUACUUCAAAGUUCACGCGCCAUUUGACAGUUUGAAGGCUGUGUGCAUGACGGAUACAUAUUCUUCACUGUGACGUCAUAUCUACAUUAUGACGUCAUACUUUUCAGGGCAACAAGUCAUUGGUGCACUUUGGGAGAUAAUAACAUAAAGCCUGUGAUACUGCAUAAAAGAUACUUUAUCUGUUGUCUAAAUACAUAACGCACAUUCAAAAAGAUAAGUUAAUAACUCGAUUAUCGACAUUUUAUUUUUUUAAUGAUGUCUCCAAAGGCUUCUAUGGUGGUUUGCAUAAUAAUCACAACUUGGAAUUUCAAUCAUCAUCUAUGAUUGGGACAUUUAAACAUUGCUCGACUGAAAAGAAAUAAACUUUGAGUUCAAUUUAUGAUUCCAGAGUUUAAUGAAAAUGGCGUCAUUGAAGGAAGGCAUUAUGGUUACCAUGUUGAUUUGUAUAAUGAUCACAGCAUCUACUUUCAUCAUCAUGUAUGACAUGGACGUUACAAACAUGACUCGACUGAAAAAAUACAUUUAUGUACCUUCCAUAUUCAGGAACAAUGAAAGAGAGUUCACUAUAGGAAUGAACACAAAAAAGAUAUCGAUCGGCAUCGGUUGUGCUGUCAGUACCAAAGGAUUUAAUAUAUCGUCAGUUUUGUCCACACUUCCAGUUUUUACAACGUUGAUGCCAAGUUUCUGUGAGACAGUUUCGAAAGUCUACUCCUAUCAUUUCUACAUUAGCUACGAUUACACGGAUGCUUUCUUCAAAGAACAAAAUUCGCGAGAUAGUUUCAAGGCUAAAUUUAUGGACAUGGUCAAAAAGCUUUGCUCAUCGUCUAUUCCUAUAUAUCUGCAUUUUGUUCGCUGCCCAUGCAAAGGAGCUCCAGCACAUGCUCAGAAUUAUGCAAUGAUAGCGGCGUACAGUGACUCAAUCGACUACCUUUACCGAAUUAAUGAUGACACGAAAAUGGUGACAAAGUCAUGGACCGAAACAUUUAUCGCUGAACUCUCCAAGUUCAGUCCACCAAAUGUUGGCGUUGUCGGACCAAAUCACCAAGGAGGAAAUACAGCUAUUAUGACGUAUGAUUUCGUUCACAGGACACAUAUUGAAAUAUUUGGGUUUCAUUACCCUGCUGUUUUUACGGGCUGGUUUGCCGACGAUUGGAUAACAGCGGUUUAUAAACCAAAUAGAUCAAAGAAAAUUGCUAAUGUAAGGGUUAUACACACUAUGGCAGUGGGCACCAGAUAUAACGUUAGAUCAGAUUUGGCAACAAAAGUAAAAGGUCAGGUGGAACACGACAAAAAGACAUUGGACUCAUGGUUAAAGAAGAACAAACUGUGAUGUGUGCUGAAACUUCAACGUACAAUUUUCAAGAACGGAUUUACAGGUUUAAAAAUAUGAAUCAAUGAUAACUGCAGCUCAUCAUUGAAAUGGAGCAGGAUAACACGGCAUUCGCGUCAGAGUAAUUUCCUUAUUUACUAUAGUGCUUUAGGAGGUCCUCUAAGAAAUAGGUUCAAAAUCCCAAAGGAUCCUUUUAUAUAAAACAAAUUGGUCCUAUGUCUUAAUGGAUAAAUAUAAGUUAAUUGGUUAAUUUGUUUGUGUGGCAUGAACAGAGGAUGUCUUAGAUCAAGGCACAUGUUAUAAUACUUACA